AUGGUCUGCGGCUUGCUAGCCCUGGGCACGGUGUGCUACAAGUUCAUCGAGGACACGACGGUGACCGUGGCCUUUUACUGGACCGCGGUGUCCGUGACGACCGUCGGCUACGGCGACGUCUUCCCGAGCACGCGGGGCGGCAAGAUCUUCGCGAUGUUCUUCCUCCUGGGGGGCUGCGGCGUCAUGGCCAAGGCCGUGGGCGACGUCGCGGGGCUGCCCCUCGAGCGGCGGAAGCGGCGCAACGAGCAGGCGGUCCUCGCGCAGUACGGCGAGGACCUGGACCCCGACGAGUUCCACGAGAUUUUGACGUCCUUCCGGGACCUGGGCCUCGCCGCGGCGAGCGACGGCUCCUGCUCGAAGACGGAGUUCGUGCUGAGCAUGCUGCUGAAGCUCGACCGCGUCAACCAGCACGACAUCCGGCGGUGCGCGCGCGUCUUCGACGACCUCGACAUCGACAAGAGCGGCCGCCUCGACAAGGCGGACCUGACGAAGAAGGAGUCCUGA